AACUUCUGCUCAUAGACUAUUCAUCUUGAUAGAAUAUAGCUAGCUAGUCUACCAACUCUGAUUCCAUUUCUUGCAAAACUGCAUUGAAGUUUCAAUAUUUUUGGUAUUUAGCUUAAGGUGCAAUGCAAGAUAUUUCUAUUUUUUUCUAGUUCCAAGUUCUAUAUCUUUUAGCAGCUUGAGUCUUCCUCUUUCAGAAACUUUGACAGAAAAAUAUGGGAAAACCAAGACCAAUAUGUGCUCUGGUUUGUCUUUUUCUCUCUCUCUCUGGCCAAGUCAUCUUGAUGAUCACGAAGGUGGAGGCCAAUAGCAAUGUCCAUAUUGUUUAUCUAGGAGGAAAGCAGCAUGAUGAUCCUAUGCUAAAAACAGAUUCACAUCAUGAUAUGCUUGCUAGUGUUGUGGGGAGCAAGGAAAUCGCCUCAGAAUUGAUGGUGUACAGCUACAAACAUGGUUUCUCUGGGUUUGCGGCCAAGUUGACAGAGUCUCAGGCUCAAAAAGUUGCCGAAUUGCCCGGCGUUGUUCGAGUUAUACCAAACAGUCUUCACAGGCUACAAACAACUAGGAGUUGGGAUUUCCUAGGCCUAUCUGCUCAUUCUCCUGCCAAUACUCUUCAUAACAGCAGCAUGGGUGAUGGAGUUAUCAUAGGUGUUCUUGACACAGGAAUAUGGCCGGAGGCUAAAGCGUUUAGUGAUAAAGGACUUGGACCGAUCCCAUCCCACUGGAAAGGUGUUUGUGAAUCCGGAAAGCGCUUUAAGGCUAAAAGCCACUGUAACAAGAAAAUUAUUGGAGCCCGUUGGUUUGUUGAAGGAUUUCUUGCUGAAUAUGGUCAGCCAUUGAACACAUCUGGGAACAGGGAGUUCUUUUCCCCAAGAGAUGCAAAUGGACAUGGGACUCACACAGCUAGCACUGCAGCUGGUACUUUUAUAGACAAUGUUAGCUACAGAGGCCUUGCACUUGGAACUAUAAGAGGUGGUGCACCUCGUGCUCGGUUGGCAAUAUACAAGGUUUGUUGGAAUGUUCUUGGAGGACAAUGCUCUUCUGCCGAUGUAUUGAAAGCUUUCGAUGAAGCCAUACAUGAUGGGGUUGAUGUGUUAUCACUGUCCAUUGGGUCUUCAAUUCCCUUAUUUUCAGAUAUUGAUGAACGUGAUGGCAUAGCUACAGGUUCCUUUCAUGCUGUGGCCAAGGGAAUCACUGUAGUAUGUGCAGCUGCAAAUGAUGGACCUUUUGCUAAGACAGUGCAGAAUACAGCUCCUUGGAUUUUAACCGUUGCAGCCAGCAGCAUGGAUCGAGCCCUUCCUACUCCUAUAACACUUGGGAACAAUAAAACUUUCCUGGGCCAAGCCAUAUAUUCUGGAAAGGAAAUUGGUUUCAGAAGCUUAAUUUAUCCAGAGGCCAAGGGACUGAACCCCAACUCUGCAGGUGUCUGUCAAUUUCUCUCAGUUGAUAAUUCUAUGGUAGCCGGGAAGGUGGUUCUCUGCUUCACCUCAAUGAAUCUUGGCGCUGUAAGAAGUGCUUCAGAAGUUGUGAAGGAAGCAGGUGGAGUGGGGUUGAUUGUUGCAAAGAAUCCCAGUGAAGCCUUGUACCCCUGCACUGAUGGUUUCCCAUGCGUUGAAGUCGACUAUGAGAUUGGAACACGGAUUCUGUUUUACAUCCGGUCUACGAGGUCCCCUGUUGUAAAGUUGAGCUCUUCUAAAACAAUUGUGGGCAAGCCUGUGUUGGCAAAGGUGGCACAUUUCUCAUCUAGAGGGCCUAAUUCAAUUGCUCCUGCAAUUUUGAAGCCUGAUGUAGCUGCACCUGGGGUGAACAUUUUAGCUGCUACUUCGCCUCUUGAUCGAUUCCAGGAUGGUGGAUAUGUCAUGCAUUCAGGAACAUCAAUGGCAACUCCUCAUGUCUCAGGCAUAGCGGCUCUUCUUAAAGCAAUGCAUCCUGAUUGGUCGCCAGCAGCAAUUAAAUCUGCAAUUGUCACAACUGCAUGGAUAAAUAAACCUUCAGGUUUUCCAAUAUUUGCUGACGGAUCUCCCCAAAAGUUGGCCGAUCCAUUUGACUAUGGAGGAGGCAUUGCAAAUCCAAAUGGUGCAGCACACCCAGGCCUGGUUUAUGAUAUGGGCACAGAUGACUACGUGAAUUACCUCUGUGCCAUGGACUACAACAACACUGCUAUCUCUAGGCUCACAGGAAAGCCCACAGUAUGCCCCACUGAAGGACCAUCCAUUUUGAACAUUAACCUGCCUUCCAUAACCAUACCAAAUCUUAGAACUUCCGUUACCCUCACCAGAACUGUUACCAAUGUAGGAGCCUCCAACUCCAUUUAUAGAGUUGUCAUUGAGGCUCCAUUUUGCUGCAAUGUGUCAGUAGAACCCUAUGUCUUGGUCUUCAACCAUACAACUAAGAAGAUCACCUUCAGCGUGACGGUCAACACAACCUACCAGGUGAACACAGGAUACUUUUUUGGGCGCAUCACAUGGAUUGAUGGAGUGCAUACUGUGAGAAGUCCCUUGUCUGUCAGAACUGAAAUCUCACAACCUUACAUUGAUGAAAAAUAAGAAGUACUUGUUUCCAUGAGGCUCAUUACCUCAUGAAUCCAAAGUCAGUUUAAAUAA